AUGGAGAGGAGGAGGAAGAGGAAUGUGAGGAGAAGAGUGUGUGGAGACCGAGGAAGGGAUGCAAAGGAGGACUGGGAGGUGGAAGAGGACAGUGAGGAGGCGGUGGUAGUGGUGGUGCUCCUGACUCUGAAUGUCCCUAAGUCUCCCGUCUUCACCUGUGAAAUUGAGGUAGAUGAGGAGCCUAUGGUGCUGGCGGCUGAGGAGAACGUGGAUUUCCGCAUCCACGUAGAGAACCAGACGCGGGCGCGGGACGAUGUGAGCCGCAAGCAGCUACGGCUGUACCAGCUCUACAGCCGGACCAGCGGGAAGCACAUCCAGGUGUUGGGCCGCCGGAUCAGUGCCCGUGGCGAGGACGGGGACAAGUAUGCCCAGCUCCUAGUGGAGACAGACACGUUCGGCAGCCAGGUCCGGAUCAAGGGCAAAGAGACAGAGUUCUACCUGUGCAUGAACCGGAAAGGCAAGCUGGUGGGCAAGCCCGAUGGCACCAGCAAGGAAUGUGUGUUCAUCGAGAAAGUUCUGGAGAACAACUACACGGCCCUAAUGUCGGCCAAGUACUCUGGCUGGUACGUGGGUUUCACCAAGAAGGGGCGGCCUCGGAAGGGCCCCAAGACGCAGGAGAACCAGCAGGACGUGCAUUUCAUGAAGCGGUAUCCCAAGGGGCAGGCGGAGCUCCAGAAGCCCUUCAAAUACACCACAGUGACCAAGCGGUCCCGGAGGGUCCGCCCAACGCACCCUGGCUAGGCGGGUCAGGAGGGGGUAGCGCACCCCACCCCACG